AUGCGGGAGGGUCACCGGGGGGGUCGUUGUGCCUGUCCCCACGUGACCCGCAAAGUGCUGGCAAAAUGCGGCUGCUGCUUCUCCCGGGGGGGUCGCGAGUCCUAUUCCAUUGCUGGCAGUGAAGGCAGUGUCUCUGCUUCUGUUGCCUCUGUCUUGGUCCCCACUUCUGUCCCUAGCUCUGGACUCAGCUCUGGUCCCUGCUCCCCUGGACCUCCAGGGCCAGUCAGUGGCCUGAGGAGGUGGUUGGACCACUCUAGACACUGCCUCAGUGUGGAAACUGAGACAGACAAUGACCAGGCAGGACCAUGUCAGGGAUGGAUUCAGGAGUCAACUCUAGCCUCAGGGGAGGAACUACCAGAACUGACCCUCCUGACCACUUUACUGGAGGGACCUGGAAACGGGACCCAGCCCCCAGAGGAGACUCUCUCUCAGACUACAGAAAGUGAGGAAGAACAAAGGAGGAGGGCUUUGGACAGGAGUAUGUAUGUCCUGAGUGAACUGGUGGAAACAGAGAAAAUGUACGUGGAGGACUUGGGGCAGAUUGUGGAGGGCUACAUGGCAACCAUGACCGCCCAGGGCAUCCCUGAAAAUCUCCGAGGCCGGGACAGGAUUGUGUUUGGGAAUAUCCAACAAAUCUACGAAUGGCACAGAGAUUACUUCCUUCAAGAACUACAGAAAUGUCUUCAGGAUCCUGACUGGCUGGCACAGCUCUUCAUUAAGCAUGAGAGGCGGCUACAUAUGUAUGUUAUUUACUGCCAGAAUAAACCGAAGUCUGAGCAUGUCAUGUCGGAAUUUGGAGAUAGUUACUUUGAGGAGCUCCGGCAGCAGCUCGGCCACCGUCUUCAGCUGAACGAUCUUCUCAUCAAACCCGUACAGAGAAUCAUGAAGUACCAGCUGCUACUCAAGGAUUUCCUGAAAUACUAUAGCAAAGCCAAGAAGGAUACCGAAGAGCUUGAGCGUGCAGUAGAGGUCAUGUGCUUUGUGCCCAAACGCUGCAAUGACAUGAUGAGUCUGGGGAGACUUCGAGGCUUUGAGGGCAAGCUGACCACCCAGGGGAAGCUCCUGGGUCAGGACACAUUCUGGGUUACUGAGCCAGAAGCAGGGGGGCUGCUCCCUGCCCGGGGUCGAGAACGACGAGUCUUCCUCUUUGAGCAAAUCAUCAUCUUCAGCGAAGCCCUUGGGGGAGGGGUCAGGGGUGGGGCACAACCUGGAUAUGUCUAUAAGAACAGCAUCAAGGUCAGCUGUCUGGGCCUAGAGAAGAACACUCAGGGGGACCCCUGCCGAUUUACCUUGACUUCAAGAAGCCCAGAGGGUGGUGUCCAGCGGUAUGUUCUCCAGGCAGCAGACCCAACGAUCACUGAGGCUUGGACACGGCAUGUAGCCCAGAUCCUGGAAAGUCAGAGGAACUUUCUCAAUGCCCUGCAGUCACCGAUUGAGUACCAGCGACGGGAGAGCCAGACCAACAGCUUGGGAAGGAUAGGAGGGUCUGUGGGGGGAAGCCCUGGAAGAUCCCGACUCGGGGACCGAACCCCAGUCAGCACACACACACCCAUCAAUGGUUCCCUUCCUUCCCUGUUGCUAUCCCCAGUAGGGGUGGCUGAAUACCCCCUGCCUCAGCCUGAACAGGCCCCUCCUGCAAAUGAAGACCCUAUUUGCCAGGCCCGGCUGGCCAAGCUGGAAGAAGAUGAGCUCUGACUGGUGACGGCACCUUUUGGGGGUGGGUAGCUUGCCAUUGGGUUUGUGCUGUGCUGGAUGAGGCCCCUCUCCUGGGCACUGUCUGAACUAAUUCUUCCCCUCAGUCUUCAGCUCCAUGGAAAGGGCUGGGCUGGAUGGAACCAAUGGCAAUGGUGUCAAGUUUAAGAAAGAUUUUUAAUCCAUAAAGAUUGUUUCUCUACUCUGGGGAUCCAGAUUCUCUCCACUUUCCCCUAUAUGCAAUGUAUCACUCAAG